AUGGCUUGCGUCGACAACUUUCAACAGUCCGGCUUCGAACAAUACCAUGAUGCAAUGGCGAUGCGAAGAAGUUCGAUACAACGGAUGACCAAGUCGUCAUCUGCGCUGCUCCAGGUCAAAGAAGACAAGAAGCCAAUCACAUUCCGCGUCUACGAAUCGCAACAACCACAAACACAAGCAAAACAGCCGAGCCGGCACUCUUUCGUGAAAAGGUGCUCACAGAUCGCAACUGGAUGCCGUCGUUCUAUCACAUCCACAUAUACUGCCCAGCAAGCGCCCAAGCUUGCUCAAUGGAUACAACGCCUACCACCGCAUCCUGUCGACUACGAAGCUUUUCUGGAGAGCGCAAUGGAAGAAGCAGUUGGACAGCUUGUGUGCGGUCCCGACUCAGCAGCAGAGGAACUCGAGCUUGGCUACAACUAUGACACUCUCGAGGAUGCAUUACCGCAGAGCUGGGUCCGCGUGCGUGCUCAGCUGGUGGAGUGUAAGGGCAGGUCUUGGAUUGCAGCCUCAGUGAUGUCAAGAGUUGACCCAGAAGAGAGACCAGAGACUUAUGCGUAUGGCAAGUGGCAGCUGGUGAACACGAGGAAGUACUACUAG